CUGGAAACCCGGCAUCCCAGAUCGGGGACGCUCGGAGGUGGGGGGAGAAAAGAGCGGCUGUCGGAGCCGCAGGAGCGGACCCCGCACAAUCCGCCCCGCCCUCCCAGCCCGGACCCGAGAAGCUCGGCCGCCUAAGCAGUCCGUCCGGGGCGGUCCUCCGGGGCCGCCGCCGGCUCCCGAGUCGUCUCCCAUUGGCCUUCGGGGGAACGGAAGCCGAAGCGGAGCCGUGAACCCGGAAGUACUUCGCGGCGGAGGCCUGGGCGACUCUUUUGAAUGGAAUCGGGCUGAUUCAUCGCCGGUUCGCGGAGCCAGAUCCGGGCCGAGUCCGACCCCCUGCUGCCGCCCCGCCGCCUCCGCGUCACCGCAGCGGGAAGACCAGGGUCCAGGCCGCGGACCCUCGCCCGCCCUCAGAAAUAUGGACAGACUUCUUAGACUUGGAGGAGGUAUGCCUGGACUGGGCCAGGGGCCACCUACAGAUGCUCCUGCAGUGGACACAGCAGAACAAGUCUAUAUCUCUUCCCUGGCACUGUUAAAGAUGUUAAAACAUGGUCGUGCUGGAGUUCCAAUGGAAGUUAUGGGUCUGAUGCUUGGAGAAUUUGUUGACGAUUACACCGUCAGAGUGAUUGAUGUGUUUGCUAUGCCACAGUCAGGAACAGGUGUUAGUGUGGAGGCAGUUGAUCCAGUAUUCCAAGCCAAAAUGCUGGAUAUGCUGAAGCAGACAGGAAGACCGGAGAUGGUUGUUGGUUGGUAUCACAGUCACCCUGGCUUUGGUUGUUGGCUUUCUGGUGUGGAUAUCAACACGCAGCAGAGCUUUGAAGCCUUGUCGGAGAGAGCUGUGGCAGUGGUUGUGGAUCCCAUUCAGAGUGUAAAAGGAAAGGUUGUUAUUGAUGCCUUCAGAUUGAUCAAUGCUAAUAUGAUGGUCCUAGGACAUGAACCAAGACAAACAACCUCAAAUCUGGGUCAUUUAAACAAGCCAUCUAUCCAGGCAUUAAUUCAUGGACUAAACAGACAUUAUUACUCUAUUACUAUUAACUAUCGGAAAAAUGAACUAGAACAGAAGAUGUUGCUAAAUUUGCAUAAGAAGAGUUGGAUGGAAGGUUUGACACUUCAGGACUACAGUGAACACUGUAAACACAAUGAAUCAGUGGUAAAAGAGAUGUUGGAAUUAGCCAAGAAUUACAAUAAGGCUGUAGAAGAAGAAGAUAAGAUGACACCUGAACAGCUGGCAAUAAAGAAUGUUGGCAAGCAGGACCCCAAACGUCAUUUGGAGGAACAUGUGGAUGUACUUAUGACUUCAAAUAUUGUCCAGUGUUUAGCAGCUAUGUUGGAUACUGUCGUAUUUAAAUAAAGCAGUGCAGAAAGCUUUUAGUGAUACUUUCAGUGUACAUUACUCUAUUGUUCCUAAUGCUCCAAAUCAAGGGACCUCUGAAGGUGUAUUUGGUUAAAUGUAAGACAUCUGGCAUCAUUUGCAGCACUGUAACACCUUCAGUCUCAGUUGUGCAAUUACUUCUGUUUCUUUAGUCAGGGUCUUUGCAGAUUCCAAAGUUAUAUAAGAAUACAUCAAAGUGGACAAAUUUUGUUAAGAUCCCAUUUAAUAUUUGAAGAAAUCAGUAACACAAAUAUAUUUUGAUUGUUGCUUACAAAAUAAAGUACAUUUACAAUCUAUGUCUCCUGAGGUCUUUUUGGCACUGGGUGGAAUUGACAGAGUAACAUUUGACAGUGCUUUAGAAAUUUCAUACUAAGAUAUGCUUCCCUGUGCAUUUUAAGAUUUUUAUAUAACACAUGAAACAUCAAUGUGAUAACAAAACUUCUGAGUGGCUACCUCAUUAGUGGGUAAUGCAGAAAAAUGCUGACAUCUUUCAUUUAAAGUAUUUGUCACAAGUUAAUAUUGUAUAAACAAUAUAUCUUGUUAAUCAGGAUUUCAGAAGAGUGCAUUGAAGAAGGGGCAAUUUUGAUGUAAACUGUUAUUUUUUAAAAAGAGUACAAUCCACCAAUCGUGUUGAGAUUGUGUGGGAAUUGCCUGCUGCAAAUUCCACUAGACAUAGAAGGUGUACUGUAUAAUGUCUUAAGAAAUGAGAAAAGUAGCCCGGCCUGUGUGGUGCAGUGGUUAAGCAUCGACCUAUGAACCAGUAGGUCACAUUUUGAUUCCCCAUCAGAGCACAUGCGUGGGUUGCGGGUUCGAUCCCCAGUGUAGGGCAUGCAGGAGGCAGCUGAUCAGUGAUUCUCAUCAUUGAUGUUUCUAUCUCUCCCUUUCCCUUCCUCUCUGAAAUCAAUAAAAAUAUUUUUAAAAAAAUAGAAAAGUAGCCAUAAUGUGAAUUUAAUACAAUGAGCACAUAAGCAAUAAUUUUGUUACUGUUUUCUCUCCUCUUUCUCUAACUUAGAAAUACUCAGUUUUCUGUUAAAGACAAAAAUUUGACUAAUGGCAGGUUUUGUAGAUGACCCUAUCCCAUAACCUGCUUCUAACCUGAUGAUGUUCUUAAGUUCAGUCCCAAAUACUCAUGGUACAUACAGCACCAUACUGGGUAUCCCCAAGGGUGUUGGCAAAACAUAUGGAGACAAAGACUUAAUUCUUAUCUGUACCCUUUAUGAAAAUAUGGCAAAAAUGUCUAAAGGAGGUUUUACUUGGGCACUUAGAAUUUAGACUUAGCCUCUACUAGGGGUGGCAUGAACGAAGAGGUAGAUAGAAUUCUUGUCCUAUUUGAACAAUUCCAGGCUCUUACGGCUUGCCUAAUGAGAAGUUAGCAAAAACUAAAAGUGGAAAUGUCUUAAAUUUCCAUUAUAUUUUGCAGUCUCUUUUUGGUGGAAUAAGAGAUAUUCUGAACAUUUCUUGCUUUUCCUGUAGUUUCUUCUUUUAAAUACGAUGGUAGUAUAUUUUAUGUAGGACAUGUAAUAUGUAUUAAUUUAAUUGUUGGCAUACAACUAAUCAUUUGUAAUUAAAAUAUAAAUGGAAGUUCUUCUUUUGCCUAAUGUAAA